UUUCUAGAUUUAGUCUUUCAAAAUUGUCAUAUCCCAAACCAUAGCCACAGCUUCGUCUCCACUCACAAACCCUAAAAAUGGAGAACUCACCCCCAGUCGAUAGGAUCAGCCAUUUACCAGAUGAUAUACUCUGUAGAAUACUCUCUUUUCUCCCAACAAAACUCGCUUUCACCACCACCGUUCUCUCCAAAAGAUGGACCCCACUUUACAAAUUACUCACAUCUCUAUCCUUCGACGACGAAUCCGUUCUAGACGAAGAUACCUUCCUCCGUUUCUGUCGCUUCGUCGACACAGUCACGUUCUCCACCGAUCUCAUCAAAACGCUUCACCUCAAUUGUGGUUCUCCUAAUUGGAAACAUUUCAAUCUUGACCUUUGGAUCGGAACUGCAAAACGACAUCCCGUUGAGAAUUUCAAUCUCGUCGGUACGUGGCGAUCGAUCCCCUUGCGGCCAAGUAUUUUCAGAUUUCCAUCACUCGUUGUUCUCAAAUUGAAGACGCUAAAAAUAAUCGUUGGUAAUAUCACUGUUGAUCUUCCAUUGUUGAAAAUUCUUCAUUUGGAUCGCGUUUAUUUGAAAAAUAAGACGAAUUUCAACAAGAUUCUCUAUGGAUGUCCCGUUUUGGAAGAUUUGAUUGCUAACAUUUACUAUAAAGAACCAACACCUGAGCCUGAUGAGGUUUUUACUCUUAGUAAAGCCACCGCCACUGGAGAGUUUAAAAUCUUACCCAAGUUGAUCAGAGUUCAAAUCAAUGCAGACGAGGUUCCGUUUAGAGCAAUUCACAAUGUCGAGUUUUUAGCACUCACUAUGAGAAGCAGGCUUCCUGAUCCGGAGAUCAAUUCCUAUAACAUACUCUCUCCUAUAUUUCGAAACCUAAUCCUCCUUCAAUUAUGCAUGUAUAACUUUCAUCACUGGGAUCAUGUAAUGGAAGUGCUUCAGCAUUGCCCUAAUAUUCAAGUUCUCAGAAUUAAUAAGCUGUCACCCGACAAUAUUAAUUGGAAAUACCCAAAUUUUGUUCCUGAAUGCAUUUCGUCUCACCUCAGAUCAUGUACUAUAAACUAUGAAGGCCGGGAAGAUGAACUUCGAUUUACAAAAUAUAUUCUACUGAAUGCGCGGCUUUUAGGGGUCAUGAAAAUCAACAUUAGCCAUUCAUCAAAUCCAAAGCCAAAUCGGCGUAUUUUAAAAGAAGAGUUAUCCUCGUUUCCAAGGAUUUCUCGCAAAUGUAAGCUUUCAGUUAGUUGAAGGACAUAGGAUUGUCUCUGCAUACAAAUGAAAUGGAAAGAAGCCUUUUAAUAUGAUCUAAUUUGACGGUUAACUGCCAUUAUGGUGGAAGAACUUUGCAAUUUAUGUUUCAUUAUUGGAUGGAUGUAUUAUUAUUUUAUUGAAUAGUUUUAACUGUAAUAUUAACUUAAUUGUCUAUUCUUAGCUAUGGAUAAAUUUAGUUGCUACUCUUAAGUGAAUUAACUAUUUAUUAGCUACCAUA